UUCUAAAAAUAAAAUUCCCAGGCUCGUUGAUAACCAUGGCCAAGCUCCUCUCCAGAGAGUGCGCUUGCGCAAUGAGGCGAUGGGAAUUUCCAGCAUUAGGACGGAAAAGCUUGGAGUUGGUUCAGAAAAGGCCCAGCAUCAUACUUGUAGCCCUCUCUGCCCAGUGACCCUGAACUCACCUUUUGGUUAAAUGACAGGGCAGAGGCUAGACCUCCGGAUACAUCUCAGGGCCACCAAACCGUCAACCACCAGCCCCCUCUGGCCUCAUCUCAUUCCCCACAUUUUCCCUGGAGAGCCUACAUGGACUGCCAGUUAAAAAAAUAAUCAGAGAUGCCCAAAAUUAGAUGGUGGGCCUACAGGCAAGAGCCUAGCUAUCCCAACCAGGAAGCAGUUAAAUUCAGUCCUACUGAUCCCCUCUCAUCUGAAGCAUAGCGACGGCUUCCUGAUUGAGCUCGGAGGUGGGUUUCUCAACCUUCAGUGUAGUGCAUUUGUGUGUCUGUCCUGAGAUGUCAGCAGAGAGAGGCUGCUGAAAGUGUUGUCCGGGGCAUGAGAGAGGGAGCGAGGAAGGGGUGUCACGGCUGAAGCAGUCCACUGCUGCGCCGCCAAUGGAUGCCAAACUGCAAGAGGACCUGUUCCGGAGGUACGUGGUGUGCCUGGAGAGGCGGCUAGAGGACGGAGGGGGGAAUGCGGGCCUUGGGGGAAGCACCUUGGAGGGGGGCAGCGAGGCCCUACUCUCCACGGCCACAGCCCUGCUGGGGGCCUACCAACCAGACCCGGGCCAGAGGUUCCGCAUGGUGCGCUUCUAUGAGGUGGUGGAGAAUGCCAUUCGAUGCCUGAGAGGCUGCAGUCUGCAGGGCCUGGAGAGAGCCUUCCUCACCCUGGAGACUGUCUGCACCAACCUGCUGCUCUUCCCCUGGAAGAAAGAGUUCCGCUGCAUCAAGACCUUCACAGGCCCGUACGUCUACCUUCUCCAGUCUGCUGUGUGCGACGCUGAUCUCCGCUCCCUCCUGCGUUCUAUGGGCUACUCCCGCGACCAUGAGCUCCAGUUCCACGUCCGGGACCACCCAGGUGGCCCAGCCCACCUCCGGCAGCUAGCCUUCGAGCUCUUCCUGGCCCAGGCCGAGUGUCGUCUCCUGGGGGAGGUAGUGGCUUUGGCCCGGGGUUCAGCUUCUGAGCUGGAAGCCCUAGAGCAACGGAGGGGCUGCCGGGAUGACGCGGCCGGCUGUGCCGAGGUCCUCCGACGGCGAGAUAGCCUUGGGGCCGACAUGGCCAGGCUCUCAGUGCGACCGAUGGACAUACCUCACCCUCACCAUCUGAGGAGAGGGGGAAGACCGUCCAAGUCAGUGGAUGUUACGGAUGGAGCUGGGAAUUGGCACGCAGCCUCUAAGCCUGUCCUGAAAGCCUCUCUGAGCCUGAGGAAGGAGCCUCUGUUUGUGGAUGCAGAGGAGGACAUGAAGGAUGAGAUCAUCAGGCCCAGCACCUCCACUUCCAUGUUCUCUGUGACUGACCCACCUUCCUACAGCCCCGUGCCUGACUUCUUCCCUAUUCAAUCCCCGCCCUCGGUCGAUGCUUACUCCUCUUACCACCUCUCCUCAUUGGAUGAAAUUGAUCUGUACACAGAGAGGGGUGGGCCUAGGGUUGGAGGUCGACAGACACCUUCCAGACCUCCAUCCAGGGAGCCCCGGGAUGCCAGGGAUGGCUGGGCACUCAAAACCCACAGUGCACUCACCUCUCCGGGGGUGAAGUGUCAGGGUUGUGGCCUGGGCUGCUCCAGCCUGGUAUCCUGCCCCAGGUGUGAAAUGAUCCUGUGCCAGGCCUGUCACGACAUCGACCCCUCCCCCUGCUGCGGCCUGCAGGACUACCCCAACCCCAAAUCGCCCCGCCCCAUUGAUGGUUACCUCCCCGUCAAGGAGAAGCUGUCAGUCUACUCCAACACCCACUCCCCACACUCCCACAUACACCCUCACCCCCUCACUCCCCCUCACCCCCAGAUGGUGGAGAAACCCCUCAUGGCCACUAAGCUGUUUCCCUGCAAGUCGGUUGCCAUGUCGUCUGCCAUGGUAGCCAAUAGCGACCGAGCAAGCCUGGGGGGGUCACGGUGCGGGUUCUGUAACAAGCCGGGUGCUUCACACACCUGCGUGAACUGCUCCAAGGUGUCAUGUGACAUGUGCAUGAACCUGUACGCUAAAGAUGUGUGCACGCGUAAAAAACCCCAGCAUAGCUUUGUCCCCAACCACCAGCUCAACUUUAAGCCUGGAACCAUAUCACAUCUGGUCUACCGAUGAGCCAGGAACAACAGGGAGUGGACUCUCACUAUUCAAACCUCUCUCUCAUUUCUAUUUCCCUCUCUUACCUGUUCCUGUUCUCUCUUCCUCUUCUCAUUACUUUCUCACCCUUUGCUUGAACUCUCUUUCUUCCCUUCCCUGCUCUAUCAGAUGUAUGGAUCUGGAAUACACACAGGACACAUCAUCAUAGGAAGUCGUAUCUCCUGCCUCUCUCUGCCUUGUUAAAAGAUCAGGCUUUUUUUUCAACUGCUUCCUCUUCUUCCUUACCUCACCACCCCGCUCUAGCUUAGUCAUGUGACGUCGUAGCGCUUCCUAACCUCUCAAAUCUAGUCCUCUCCAAGCGAAACGGGAGAAAAGAGCAGGAGCCAUCCGGCUUGUAGAAAAACAAAACACAAAUGCUGACUUAAGUUCUCAGCCGAAGAGACGGUAGUGUCAGUCUUCUGGAAUUGGAUUAUGUUCACUGAGGACCCUUUUUUAAACUUGAAAAACCAAUGGGGGGGGGGGAAACCGUAAAUGUACACUGGAAUUCAAUAGUAUAUAUUUUCAAUGGUUAUUGAUUCUGUAGAUCAAUGUAAGACUGUUGGGUGGGGAUGGGUCUGGGGUGAAUGUUUUGGGGGGAUGCUUUAAAGGGAUAUUUUGAGAGAUAAUGGUCGGAUGCCAUAAUAGUCUAUUUAAAGAACAAUGCCUUGUACAUUUACCCUCAAAUGUUUAAAGUGUAUAGCUGAGGUUUACAUGCUGCUCUUGAAAUGUUGUUUGACUCCUUACUGGUAGAUAACCUAUUCUUGUAUCAGUUUCUCCAAAUGUGUUCCUCUAUCUAUCCAUAUUCACAACAUAUCUAACUCCUCAAGCUCAAAGUGCUACUUCACUGAUAAGUCAGUUUCUAUUGGAGGUGGCUGUUUUGAAAGCCAGUUAACUGUAAAACACCCUGGGAAAUGAAGUCUUAAGCCGGUGACAGUCCCAGAACUACAACAAAACUUCACCCAAUCACUCCAGCAGUGCAGGCAUUGUCAAGCUAUUUUCUAUACUGGCACUUAGACACUCAAGGUUGAAGUUUCCUUUCCAGAACCAUCUUAACCUUCAAAUCCCAGGUGGAAAAUCUCCAAACUGACUUAGAUCUGCGUUUGGGACAACUUCUUCCUACUCCCAUUUAGACAGCAUGCACAGUACCAGUCAAAAGUUUGGACACUCCUACUCAUUCCAAGGUUUUUCAUUAUUUUUACUAUUUCCUGCAUUGUAGAAUAGUAGUGAAGACAUCCAAACUAUAAAAUAACACAUGAAAUCAUGUAGUAACCAAAGAAGUGUUAAACAAAUGAAAAUAUAUUUGAGAUUCUUCAAAUAGCUUUCCUUUGCUUUGAUGGCAGCUUUGCAUAUUCUUGACAUUCUCUCAACCAGUUUCACCUGGUUUCCAGCAGUCUUGAAGAAGUUCCCACAUAUGCUGAGCUCUUGUUGGCUGCUUUUCCUUCACUCUAUUGUCCAAUUCAUCCCAAACCAUCUCAAUUGGGUUGAGGUCGGGUGAUUGUGGAGGCCAGGUCAUCUGAUGCAGCACCAUCACUCUCCUUGGUCAAAUAGCCCUUACACAGCCUGGAGGUGUGUUAGGUCAUUGUCCUAUUGUAAACAGAGGUGGCAGGUAGCCUAGUGGUUAGAGCGUUGGACUUGUAACCGAAAGGUUGCGAAGUCGAAUCCCCGAGCUGGCAUGGUAUCUGUCGUUCUGCCCCGGAACAAGGAAGUUAACCCACUGUUCCUAGGACGUCAUUGAAAAUAUGAGUUUGUUCUUACCCUUUAACUAGGCAUGUCAGUAAUUUUUUUUAAAUUAUAGUCCCACUAAGCGAAAACCAGAUGGGAUGGCGUAUCGCUUCAGAAUGCUGUGGUAUCCAUCCUGGUUAAGUGUGUCUUGAAUUCUAAAUAAAAUCACUGACAGUGUCAGCAGCAAAGCACCAUCACACCACCUCCAUGAUUCACGGUGGGAACCGCACAUGCGGAGUUCAACUGUUCACCUACUCUGCAUCUCACAAAGACAUGGCGGUUGGAACCAAAUCUUUUUGGACUCAUCAGACCAAGGACAGAUUUCCACUGGUCUAAUGUCCAUUGCUAUUGUUUCUUUUCCAAGCAAGUCUUUUCUUAUUAUUGGUGUUCUUUAGUAGUGUUUUCUUUGCAGCAAUUUGACCAUGAAGGCCUGAUUCACACAGUCUCCUCUGAACAGUUGAUGUUAUCUGUUACUUAAUCUGAAGCAUUUAUUUGGACUGGAAUUUCUGAUGCUGGAAACUAAUAAAUGUAUCCUCUGCAGCAGAGGUAACUGUCUUCUUUUCCUGUGGCGGGCCUCAUGAGAGCCAGUUUCAUCAUAGCGCUUGAUGGUUUUUGAGACUGCACUUGAAGAAUCGUUUAAAGUUCUUAUUUUUCCGGAUUGACUUACCUUCAUGUCUUAAAGUAAUGAUGGAGUGGCGUUUCUCUUUGCUUAUUUGAGCUGUUUCUGCCAUAAUAUGGACUUUGUCUUUUACCAAAUAGGGCUAUCUUCUGUAUACCCUACCUUGUUACAGCACAACUGAUUGGCUCAAAAGCAUUAAGAAGGAAAGAAAUUCCACAAAUUAACUUUCAACAAGGCACAUAUGUUAAUUGAAAAGCAUUCCAGGUGACUACCUCAUAACGCUGGUUGAAAGAAAGUCAAGAGUGUGCGAAGGGUGGCUACUUAGAAUCUAAAAUAUAUUUUGAUUUGUUUAGCACUUUUUUGGUUACUACAUGAUUCCAUAUGUGUUAAAUAGUUUUGAUGUCUUCACAAUGUAGAAAAUAGUAUAAAUAAAAACCCCGGAAUUAUUAGGUGUGUCCAAACUUUUACAUUUACAUUUACAUUUAAGUCAUUUAGCAGACGCUCUUAUCCAGAGCGACUUACAAAUUGGUGCAUUCACCUUAUGACAUCCAGUGGAACAGCCACUUUACAAUAGUGCAUCAGAUCUUUUAAGGGGGGGGGGGGGGUACUGUAUGACCUGACACAGUUCAGUCUGUCUACCGCACAUGGUCAAGAGAAAGCUGCAGCUCAUACAAAACAGGUGUUAUUUAAACUCCACUAAACAUACUCUUGGGUGAAAGUCAUGCCACUUCACACUUACAAGUUGAACAUUCUGUUUGUGCUGAAAUCCAUAUAUGGUGAGUGAUGAUGUCACAAGUGUUUCUGGAGUACACAUGACUAUCAAAUUCAGUCAAGUGGAAGCUUUAGCUUAAUAAAGAGAUGUGUUGAUAAGGUUAUAGAUUUGAAAAGGACACAACACAGGACAAAAAGGGAAGAGCAUUUCUGACUGAUGAACCCAGCUGGCCAUUGCUACCUUAGGCUAUAUUAUACUGUCAACAAUAACUCCAGCUAGAGAAGAGGGGUGAGCAUCUAUUAACUAUUCUAAAUCAAUCUCUAGACCUAGGUAUCAAUCAAUCAAAUGUAUUUGUAAAGCCCUUUUUACAUCAGCUGAUGUCACAAAGUGCUAUACAGAAACCCAGCCUAAAACCCCAAACAGCAAGCAAUGCAGAUGUAGAAGCAUGGUGGCUAGGAAAAACUUCCUAGAAAGGCAGGAACCUAGGGAGAAACCUAGAGAGGAACCAGGCUCUGAGGGGUGGCCAGUCCUCUUCUGGCUGUGCCGGGUGGAGAUUAUAACAGUACAUGGCCAAGAUGUUCAAACGUUCAUAGAUUACCAGCAGGGUCAAAUAAUAAUAUUCAGUGGUUGUAGAGGGUGCAACAGAUCAGCACCUAGCCUGCUCUCAGUUCGGUAUGUGCUUUAGUGAAUUUCAUUGUCAUGCCAUACACACAACGAUGCUCAGAGAAGUUGGCUAAAGGACAUUGAGCACUAGGAACAGGUUACUAGGCAGUUAUUGUAGUUGUGAAAGGGUCUGGAUAGGUAGGCUAUUUUGGAUAUAGCUCAACCAUCUCUGAAUGGAAUGUGCUGUUAAGAAUGUGCCAUGAGUGCAUAGUUGGUAGGGACCAGGGAGGGAUUUGUAAUUGAGCAGCAUAUUAGGUCUGUCAUUCACCUCUAAUAUCCUCUCAUUUUAGAACAAGUCAUCAAAUAAGUAAGCCAUAUGGUGGAUGUAAGAAAUUCCAUCAUAUUGCUCACCUCUUCAAGAGGAGCAAUUCAACAGAUCCCCAAUGGAGUCUGUUUGUUUUAAUAAGGCCAACAUAAAUCUCAAAUUAAGCCUUCAAAAACUUAAAAUACAUCCUUUCUUCAUUGGCAUAAUUGCUGAAGUGACUUGGUGAGAUAUAUGUAGAGGAAUGCUUAUUUUUCCCAAUUGCAUUAGAUUUGUUUUUACCUCAUCUUUUAUUUAUUUUAUUUUUUACUGCUUGAUAGGUUUAAAUGUCUUUCCGGAGUGGCCUUAGUGAUCUCUGGAGUGAGUGUGGCGCCAUCUGAACCAGAACCAGAGGCCAAGAGAACUAAACUGGAACGGUGAAUAACACCAUCCUCACACUGAAAUCUCUUUUAGUUCAGUUUUGAGUUAUUUUAAAUGUUUAGCUUUGCCUUAGUGCAAUUCACCUUUGACCUCUUUCUCCAUCUAGUGAUGUUUCCUAAAGGGCCAACGAGAGAAUGGGUAUCUCCCAAUACUAAUUUGUGGUCUCCUUUCCAAGAGCUCUCACCAGGGGCACAAAGCAUCUAAGUAGGAGUGCUGAUCUAGAAUCAGUUUAGCUUUUUAAAUCAAAGUGAGUAAUAUUAUAGAGACAAAUGCUGGAUUAGCAGUUCUACUCAGAGACCCUUUGUGGAUGUGGGCCCCAGGCUCUGAGAGGGCAAGGUGAAUUGAUCUCCAUUUGGUUCUCACCUCCCAAUGUGUGUUUGUCGUACAGACACAGAUUAUCACAUAUUUACAAUGCCUGGAUACAUGUUAAACAUCUCAGGAACCAAUAUGAGAUCAUUAAAAUCUCUAAAGAAUCUGUAGUGAAUAUGCAUAACAGAAACAUCCGUUGUCCUCGCAGACCCAAAGGAACACAGAGAAGAGGCCAUUAAAUUUAUUGGACAUAACCUACUCUAUAUUUUGGCAAGGGGAAACAUUGAAACAUUGAGCUAUGGUGCAAAACUGAUUAAAAUGACAAUUGGAAAAACUAACAGUAAGACCAUGUUGAAAUUUAACUGAGCGGCAUUGAUGUGUCAUUUGAUAGGGCUGAACUAAAAUAAUACAUAUUUGGAUCAACA